AUGUCCACUACACAAUGUACUAGGCUUUUAGCCAGAAACAUGCCUCAAGUCAGCCGAGGACGCCAACUACAAAGUCCUCGUGUCACUCUUGUUGGCACUCCAUCCCCAAGCCGCAACCCUACUAUUGACUCCGAACGUUUACCAUAUCGACUUUACGAACUCUCACUAAAGAAGAUCCGACAAGAGGCCCACGCGCGUGAACCGGAUCUGCGCCAUGUCAUUGCCGGCCUCGCCAUGCAAAAAGUAGUUUCCACUGCUGUGCAUGAUGAUCUCCUACACCGGGUUGAUAUGAUCGAAACCGCAAAAGUACCUCCAAGACAACCCAUCUUCCCCGGCGCCGAUGAGCCUUGGGAACAUGAAGAAAUCACAUCAAAUGAAGCAUCAAAUCCCAAUGCCUGGGAUAUGGAAUCUCUUGAUCAAGCGCUUUCGGAGAUGGAACGCGCUAGCAGGAAAGGGAAUAUUGCAAAAAGUGUUUGUUUUCAAUUAAUCAGUGAGAUGUAG